AUGUCCUUCCUCAUUCCUACGCAAAGCUACCUGGUCCACGCCGAGCCUGCCAUGCCCCGCACUUGCCGGGGCUCGUGCAGCUCGUACACCCCACAAGACCUCUUGCUCCAGCAAGUCUAUGCAGCCGAGAUGGCCGAGCGCCAACGCGCGGCACACCGCCAGCAGGCGCUCCGCCGCAAGCAGCAGCGCAUGUACCAGCGCCAGCUGCAGCAGCAGCAAGAGCUCGAGAUGAUUCAGCUCGUGCAGCAGCUCGCCGUGCAAGAGGCACAGCGCAACGCGGAGCGCCGCCGCGCCGCCAUUGCCGAGGCGCGCCGCCGCGAGGCGAUCGAGCGCCGCCGCGCAGAAGAGGCACGUCAGCAGCAGCUCGCUGCGCUCCAGUACGCGCGCAUGAUCGAAGAGGCGCAGCGCCUUGCCUACGAAGAACAAGAGGAGGAGGACAAUGAGCCCACGUAUGUGCGCAUCGGCAACAUGGUCCUGCGCAUCGCCAAGGACGAAGACGAAUACUCGGAUGCGCAGGAGGAGGUCGACGAAAACGAAGAAGAGGAGGAGGAGGAGGAGCCCGAGCUCCAGUCGCUCGUCGACGGCGUCGCCAAGGCGCUUGUCGGCGGUGCGGCCGAGCCCGCGCCGGAGCGCGCUUUCGAGGCGGCCCCCGCCGCGGCAGACGAACCCACCGACGCGGCCUGUGCGACUCCCGUCCCAGAAACCAGCGCAGCGCCGACAACCCCUGCCGAGCCUGUGCCUACGGUCGAGUCGCCCGCGACGCCCCUGAUGCAAAGCGCCGACAUUGCCGAGCCUGCACACCCCUCUGCUCCCCAGCUCCUCUUUUCGCGUGCCUUCCCUGCGGCCAAUACCCCGUACGGCGAGCAGGUGCGCAAACACGCCAAGGCCGACCAGAUUUCCGUCGAAGCGAGCCCUGCGAAUGGCGGCAGCAUCACGAUCCGCGGCCUGUGGAAGACGCAAGCGCCUGCGAGCCGCCCCGGCUCGCCCCGCUCGCCCCGCGCGGCGCGCGUGAGCGAUGUGGACGAGAAUGGCGAGGAAGUCGUGAACGAUGCGGAUUCGGACACGGACGCUGCGCCUGCGCCUCUUGUGAUGGACGAUACCGAUUCGAUUCCCCUCCCCGCGCUUGAUCGCCUUGAUCACGUCCGCGCGGAGCUGACCGACGAUGGUUUUGAGCUGUGGCUCGACUGA